AGGCGUACUUCCUUGGCGGCUCCAGGCCACCUGUAUAAGCGGAGCGUGCUGGGAUUUGAAACUAGUAUGGAGGCAGCUGUGGCCGUGCUUCCCCGGCAUCGCGGGGUCUCUAUGGAGAAGCAGCUGGCUGGUGACCCGGGCUGCUGAUCACUCACCGCUUCUGUCCCCGCGGCACGGCCGCAGGGCCAUGCUGGCCUCGCGCGUGGCGCGUGGCUCGUGGGGGGCCCUGCGUGCGGCCACCUGGAUACUAGGGGUGCGGCCGGGUAAGGGGCGCCCCCGCCGGGCCCUGCUGCCGCUUGCGCCCUGCUGCCUGAGCUGCCAGGCCGAGCGCUGGUCGCUGCGCCCGGCCGCGCUUGCCCUGCGGCUGGCCGGAGCCGGCCCACGGAGCCACUGCUCGGGCACGGGCAAGGCGACCCCCGGGCCUGCGGCAGGAGGGGACGCGGCCGCGGAGGCCCGGAGCGGCGGGUGGGUCCGGGCGAGCGCCGCCAGUCCGUAUGAAAAUCCAUGGACAAUCCCAAAUAUGUUGUCAAUGACAAGAAUUGGCUUGGCCCCAGUUUUGGGAUAUUUGAUUAUUGAAGAAGAUUUUAAUGUUGCACUAGGAGUUUUUGCUUUAGCUGGGCUAACCGAUUUGUUGGAUGGAUUUAUUGCUCGAAACUGGGCCAAUCAAAAAUCAGCUUUGGGAAGUGCUCUUGAUCCACUUGCUGAUAAAAUACUUAUCAGUGUCUUAUAUGUUAGCUUGACCUAUGCAGAUCUUAUUCCAGUUCCACUUACUUAUAUGAUAAUUUCAAGAGAUGUAAUGUUGAUUGCUGCUGUUUUUUAUGUCAGAUAUCGAACUCUUCCAACACCGCGAACACUAGCUAAGUAUUUCAAUCCUUGUUAUGCUACUGCUAGGUUAAAACCAACGUUCAUCAGCAAGGUGAACACAGCAGUUCAGUUAAUCUUGGUGGCAGCUUCUUUGGCAGCUCCAGUUUUCAAUUAUGCUGAUAGCAUUUAUCUUCAGAUGCUUUGGUAUUUUACAGCUUUCACCACAGCCGCAUCAGCUUACAGUUAUUAUCAUUAUGGUCGGAAAACUGUUCAGGUGAUAAAAGGCAGAUGAGAGUCACUCAUCACCAUUAGCAGUGAAGCAAUAUACAUCAUCGGCGGCAAUGCCAGUGAAAAUCUACAGGAGUUUCCCUACUUUUGGUGUUCAGCUUGUAAAAGGACUUGUCAGAACAAACCAUGUCAUCAGAAUUGAAGUAAUGUGCAUUGAAAAUAAGCUUGAUCAUGGGCAUAUGCAGAAUUUCCAAUGUAUUUUUAAAUAUAAAUAAAACUAUAAUUUAGAAUUUUUAAUCUUAGGAUUCUUGAUUAUAAGAGAUGAAUUAUUCCAAUUAUUGUCAGUCCUUUUUUAUGUUUUUUUAAAAAUGCAGUUCAGAGCAUGGAAACUGAAGUGUUGACACCUGUCUCUAGAACCUACAUUGCUUAUAAAGCCAUAGUGAGUUCCCUGGGAUUAAAUACAUAUCUUAUACGA